CCUUUCUCUCUCUUUCUCUAUUGCUCUCUUUCUCUCCCUCUCCCUCUCCCUCUGUCUCUCUCUCUCUCUCUCCCUCUCUCUCUUUCUCAGGCCUUCUUCAACACCUUAACCAUAACCAAACCACACUUUUUUAUCAGAAGUGCUUCCAGGCACGUUUGGGUUUUGUUUCUUCAACAGAGCACAGAUACUUUGCACGGCUUUUUCUUUUUUUUUUCUUGUUGUCUGCUGAAGUCAGACACCGAGAUUGUAAACUUGCUAUCUUUUAGCAGCACAUACAAGCCCGCUACCAGCUUCUCAACUAUUUCCACAACCCGGGCGGUUAGGAAACCCGAUCCUCAGUUUGAUACAGAAUUAAGUCCGAAACCCUUUCCGCUUUAUUUGCUGUAAUUUAACUCCACCGGGGUAAAAAUAUGAGCAGGCAGCAGCUCUGGAGGAAUCAGAGCUUGGCACAGAUGCAGGCGAGUUGCAGCCUUCACAAACCACCAGGCACAGAAGGCUGUUGUUUUUGCAGCGUGUUGAACAGAAGCUGGGAUUUUGGGUCGUUUUUUUUUUUUUUUUAAUGGGGGUGGGGGCAAGGCACCAGACUCUGGAUAUGUUCUUGCAAAAUUCCAAAGGUGCAGUUCCAGCAGGACGGAGGUCUGUCUGUGGAGCGUUUCGCAGAAAGGAGGGGGUAUCUAGUGGGUGUUUGUGCCUGCUCAUAGCGCUUGCCUCCGAGAAACUCAAAGCCUGAAUUUGUUUCAGCUCCUUAAAGAGAACGACCACCGGGGAGUUUGCUGUCACACGGUGCAGCGCUAUAGGCUGUGCAGGGCUUCUCUAUGCUGCACAUUUGACCUGCACUGGCCAUUAGCAUUGGAGGAACCUCAAGAGGAAUGCAACUUGUCACUGGAGCUAUUUUGGCUAUGUGCAAGCGUUUUGUAAUCACAGCGUGGGACUCCGUUGCGUUGCCGCUUAUCGUCUUUCUUUUUUCUCGAUUUAUUUUUUUUUUUUAAAUCCGCAAAUAGUUUUUUCGGCAUGCCUGUUUAGGAUCAGGCGGUCAGGCUGAAUGGCACGUCGUCUGCGCCUGCAUUUUGCUGCUAGGAGAAGCAACACCGACCCUCUGUCUGAGAGCUGCAGCCAUGAGGUAGAGGACGGUCUCGGGGCACCUGCUCGAAGCCCAGCAGAGCCCCUGACUCACUCCAACUCGUUUCAUAUGAAAGUGACUCCAGGACAGCUGGCUCUCGGUCUGCCACCGUUGUCACCAGAUUAUGGCAGCCUGCAACGCCAUACUGCGGUAUUUGUACCCAAAGUGAACAGCGGCAGCGGGAACAGGAAAAGCAUUCUGCAGAUUUCCUUGCAUUCUUCCAGCAGGCAGAAUCUGGAUACAGAAGGUUGCAGUGGUGGUGGAGAAGAAACAGACCCUGGGAUUUGUGAUGGCAGUGCUGGGGGUUGCUCUGAUGGAGGAUCGUGUAGCAGCAGCACGGCCAGUGAUGUCGGCUACUGCAGCAGCAACAGCAUAUUUGAUCCGGAUGUCGCCGAGCGUAAGACGUCUCACGAUAAAGGCGCAUGCCAUCGGAGGACCAAGGCCCCUUUACGGCGAUGCUCUUCGUUGGUUAUUUUUCCACGUAGUCCCUGCACCACACCUCCGGCUUCACCCGUCAGUCCCGUGGCGACUCCUCUGCUUCCCCCGUCACCUCGGGGACCCUUUCAGACGUCGCAUCAACUGCAGCUGUCUGCAACGGAUGUCUCUCUGGAGGAGCCCAAGAUUACAGUUGCCUCUGCGGUGAAUGGUGUGAGACUCUCCAAAAGCAGCUGUCAGCCUGCCGAGGUCAGGGAUGCCAGGCCUAUCCUGCAUUGUAGCAUCUCAACCGACUCGACGGUAAAAUCAGAACAACCAGAAAGGCACUCCAGCGUCCUGGUACACUCUGCAAACCAGCCACCGCUUCCACCUGGGAAAGGAAAUACGGCCAGAACUAUGGUCAACAUUGACUGCUCUAAAUCCUUGGAAGGGCCAGAGGAAGCCAACACUAAACUCAGGAACCGUAAUCUGAAGCUGUGUCGUAGCACCUCGGCCUGCAUGCUUCCCACAGGGAGGUUAUCGACCGAGAAGAGACACCACACGUGUCCGACUAUCGGCAAAUCCAACACGUCUCAGGAAAUCGGUUUUCACAGAGGUUUGCAGAGGAGCAUUUCCCUCGAGGUGCCAUUCUUGAACACUGGGAUAUCAUGUCAUAUGUCCAACACAAAACAGUUCAGCUGUACGAAUGGAGCGGCACAUGUGCAUAUACACGUGUCUCGAGGAAACGGUACGAAAGCGCCCGAGUCGUCAAUAGAUCCCAGCACCGGCGAUAAAAAGGAACAGGCUCUUACAGACUCUGGGGUAAGAUUUCUGACCCUCGGUUGAGAAAAUUAAUUUAAAAAAAAUGCAUGCGGAUGGAUUUUGUUUGCCGUCAAUCGGGCUGAACGGUCGUCGGCUCGUCAUUCGGUCUGUCAUCGGUGAUGCCAAUAUGUAAACCCGAGUUCUACUGGUUCAACAAAACUAGCAGCUUUUUCUUAUUUUUAAUAAUUGUUACUCAGAUGGUUUCUAUGUCUUUAUUUAAAAGUGUGUUACAGAUAUAAAUAAAACACACACAUUAUAUCAUGGUGAUCAUGUCUUGGUAUGAAAUCUGGCCGAGUUUUCUAAGAACGGAAUACAGAAUUUCUUGUAAAAAAAACAAAACAAAAAAAAACACCUGUCAGAAGAAAUGUGGGGUGGGGGGUGUGUGUGUGUGUGUGCAGAUUGCGGUCCGUACGAUCAUGUUGUCGGUCACGUUUACUCUCGGCCCUGGAGCCUAUCUUUCUGGGGAAUAAUAUGUGUUUGGCGAAAGCCCAACUGUUUAGAAACGCUUGUUUUAAAAAAGAAAUCAAAGUUGUGCUGUGUAUGUACACACAACCCUGUGGGUGUGGGUGUGUGUGUGUGGGGGGGGGGGGUGUUUGGUAUACAAAUAUGGUAAAUGGAGGGCAGAAGGUUCGUCCAUUUUUAUUAUUCUUCUAGUACUAUGAGAAAUCCUUUUAACUGUUUACCUUGUGGCUAAUUAUAGCAGAUAGCUGAUAGGGCCUCCUGCAGGGGUAUAAAUACGGAGCUGACUGUCUCCAGAUUGUCUGGCCUCGGCACUGAAAUGCUCAGCGCCAGCGACUCAAAUUUAACGACAUGAUCUGAGAGGAGCGCACAUGGUUGGGAGUCAGCUGCUAG